AUGACUAGGAAACGGCUGCGCCACGCGUCAGUGCACAAUGUGGACGACCCCAUGGUGCUUCAGCAUUGUCAGAUUGACGUUAAUGUUGCAGACGAAGAGAAUACAAGUAUCUCCAAAUCUCAUAGCAAUCUUAUUGACAAUUUUGGUCCUGCACCAGAACACCCUAAACGACGAGCUCUAGUCUGGUUCCGUCGCGACUUAAGACUGCAUGACAACUUGGCACUCGACGCAGCAAUGCGUGCGCAAGAACAAUUUUGGCGCGCAACUAAUGAGGACAUGGCGCUAUUGCCUAUUUACAUUCUCCAUAAACCGAAACGUCAGCGUUGCGGAGCUGUUCGAUUCCAAUUUCUAUUGGAAGCAAUAAUGGAUGUGGCUAUUUCCAUUGAGAAAAUGCAUGGUCGACUGCUAGUGCUGAGAGGAGACGCUGAGCACGUAUUACACACUGUCAUGGCCGCAUGGCACAUCACUGAUCUCUUCUUUGAGGCUGGGGUCAUGCCUUACGCCGUUGAGCGCGACUCUCGCGUCCGUGCUAUUGCAAAGUCGCUAAAUGUCAACGUCACCAUGAUACGAGGGGGGACUUUGUAUGAUCCACAUGAAAUCAUUCGGUUAAAUGGCGGAGUACCGCCAGACGAGUACGAACGACUUUUAGAGAUCACUGAAAAGAUGCCGCAACCCACACAGCCCAUUCCCGCGCCAUUUAAACUUCCACAUGCUGCAUCCUUCAAUACAAAAGAAUUGUAUUUCUUAUUAAAGAGUUAUUGCCAUGACCACAACUCAGAAGUUGCAGAUGCAAUUGCUGGAAUUAACGUUAAUACUGAAAAAAACGAUACGACACUAUUUGUAGUACCACCUCUCACGGUAUUUGGACUCACGCCUCCAGAUCCACAUACGACCUUAAUUGGAGGGGAAACUGAAGCUUUGAAGCGUCUGGACGAAUUCUGUGAAGAUGAACGACGCGUAGGUAUGUUUGAAAAGCCAAAAACAUCUCCAGUUUCCGUUGAUGUGCCAUCUACGACGUCGUUAAGUGCGCAUUUGACUUUUGGGUGUCUAAGUGCACGUGAGUUCUUCUAUCGCAUCAUGUUCAUCCAGCUGCAAUUUUCCCAGCGUCCUGGAUUCCCCGUACAAGUGACAUUGGAAGGUCAAUUGAUGUGGCGAGAGUUUUUUUACUGUUAUGCAUGUGGAACCCCAAACUUUGACUCAUUUUAUAGUAACCCUGGAUGUAAACAGAUAGACUGGCGCUUGCUUGCAAUGAAAGACGAUAUAGUGAAUGACCACAAUAUGUUAGAAGCAGACGAAAAGCUUGCUGUACGGCAGUUGGAGUGCUGGAAGGAGGGUCGUACAGGUUUUCCCUGGAUUGAUGCUGUUAUGCGUCAAAUAAAUCAGGAAGGCUGGACGCACCACGCUGGACGCCAUGCAGUUGCGUCCUUUUUAACACGUGGAGUGCUCUAUAUUUCAUGGCUACAAGGCGCGUUGUACUUUCAAGAGAAAUUGAUUGAUAUGGAUUGGGCCUUAAACAUUGGGAACUGGCUUUGGGUCAGUGCAAGUUGUUUUUUUACAGAUUACCGCCAAGUGGCGUCUCCGUCCACAUUUCCUCAACAUUGGGAUCCCCAUGGGCAUUUUAUUCGAAAGUACAUACCAGCACUCCGUAACAUGCCGGAUAAAUUUGUAUACGAGCCGUGGAAAGCACCACUGAAAGUGCAACGGGACGCUGAUUGUCUUGUUGGCAAAGAUUAUCCGUUUCCAAUAGUUGACAGCAAGCUGGCGAUGUCGCGUUGUGCUGCUGGGAUGAGUCAUGCAUUUUCGGACACAGAGACAGCGGCCGUUAUUAGCGAUCGAAAGCUUACGGAAGAGUCGGAGACUUUGUCUUGGAGCGCAGAUGACAUGUGCUACGGCUACCGAAGUAUUGCCAGUAGCUCACAGCUUUAA